AAAAUGAAAAGUUACGAAAGAGAAUCGAGAUUCUUGAAAAUGAUAUUGAGAAAAAGGACAAGAAUAAUGAUAAGCAGGCCGAUUAUAUUGUUACUCUUCGGAAUAAGUUAAAAGAUUAUGAAAAUAAAAUUGAUAAAUUGAGAAUGACCUUGGAUAACGAACGAAGAAAUUUCGGUAAUAAAAAAGUUUAUGAAGAUAAUAUUAAGUUUAAGGAACGAGGAUCUAAUAAUAAAGAAGUUUAUGAAGAGAAUGUAAAGUUGAAAGAAGAGAUUUAUUUUCUCAAGGAAACAAUUUCUGGAAUAGAAGAGGGGAACAAGAGAAAAAGAGAAACAGAUUCUUGGGUUUCAGAUUAUGGCCAUGAUUACGAGAUAGAUAAUCGUAAGAAAAUUAAAGAGUAA